ACUUGAUGACCAAGUUGCUGAGCCGGUGCUUGAUGACCAAGUUGCUGAUGGUGCUGUACAUUGUAGCUGUACAUUUAAUUAUGACGUUUAUAAGGUUGUACAUAACAAUGAUGAACUCUACGAAGUGAUUGAUACAGUUGGUCUUAAUGAAAGUUCGGCUCAGCAACUUGGUCAUCAAGUUGCACAAGAGAACUAA